AUGCCAUCCGCUUCAGCAUUUCUCAAGUUCUGGCGCACGGAUCGAACGCGCGAUGCUUUCUUGAGGAGUCUGUCCAGCAAAGAUCUGGCUUCGAUGCGUGUGGUCUGCCAUGACUUUGCGGACGCCGCCGCUCCUUUUCUGUUCCAUGACGUUAGCAUAACUUUUCGGUCCACAACAUUCACCAAGCAUUCACGCCUAGCAGCCUUAGAGCGGAUCGGGCACCACAUCAAAACUUUCCAAUUCAACAUACCACAUUCCGCCGAGACCCUUCUGCCACCAAUCAUAGAUUCGACCACAGGUGAAGAGGUCGCGUUCAUCUACGAACCGUACACACAGCUUACUAGGGACCCCAACUCUCGCUUGAGCAUUCCGAGUUAUGGAAGUUGGGAGAUGACUGAUCUGCUCGUCAGACAGUAUCCACCGCUCUUCCAUGCCGCAGCCAACGUACCUUCAUUCAUCAAGGCUUUCUCGAUGAUGCAGGGCAUCAAUCACUUGACAAUAAGGUGCCCUAGCCAGGAAAAAGGCCAGAGAUACCGGCGCAGUAUCGUAGAUUAUGCGCUCAUAUCAGUUCGCAUGGCCGUUGAGCGCAAUAAACUCCUGUCACUGGACACACUCUCAUUGUUGGACGUUCACCCAGCAGUCGCACUUUAUUUGAACCCUCGUGUGGGGUUUGGAGCGACUCCAAAUUCUAGCCGACGCUGGCGGCAGAUACGCAGCUUGAAUAUCCACAUGAACUCUGUGUCAUCUCACGACGCCUCAGCCACUGAUCACUACAAACAUCUACAGUGUUAUUUGGACAUAUUCACGCCAACGUUACGCCAGCUUGACUUCCGUUGGCUUGGCGACAGAUGUCAUUUGCCGAUAACAUUCAAGGCUGGGUCCCUUCUGCAAAAAUCACACGCCCCUGGGCCUCCCAGCUCGGCAAUCCGCUCUCAAGGCGCGAGACCGCUACGAUUUGCACGGCUACGCCAUCUGAGUGUGGAGAACACCAUUGCAGAUGCACGACAGAUCGCUCGCUUCAUCGCUCGACAUCACCGAGCCGUACGACAUACUAGACGACUGAACUUGAAUUUUCAUGAUACAAUACUCAGCAGCGGCACAUGGGACGAAGCCCUCGAGCCUCUCACACGUAUGAGCGGAAGCGAUAGCUGGAAGUCCUCGUCCGAGGAGUCAUCCGACGAUUCCCUUCAAGAGUCAAUCGGGCAAGAAAGUGCAGAAGAGUUCAUGGAUGUGCCAAUCAUGUUUAGCAGCCCUGUUCACGAAAAGGAGGAUCUAUUUCACAAAGUGUGGGAUGAUCAUGUGCGGAGUCGAACGUCCAAACAGCAUAUAAGUGGAAUAGCCGCGAAAACGAAGGAGCUCCUAUUCGGGACUGAAGAGCACAUGAGAAAGCUGUUCAAAUGCAACAUUUCAUAUAUGUAG